GUGAAAACCGGGUAUUUAAAUUUUCAAAAGAUUGGGAAUUCCCCGUAAAUUGACCGAAUAGGCGGAAGUAAAACAUGCAAUGGCUUCCAAUAUAUGUAAAGAAGAAAUUGUAGAGUGUCCCCCCAGCACGGAGGGGGAAGGUUUGCAUCACACAGACCAAGAGCGGCUGAUACCGGAGAACAAUCUUUCUCUGCAGCAGCCAGAAAUCAAAACGGUUUUAACAUACAUCGUACCCUACCAGCCUAGAGACAUAGAUGGCGCUUGUUUCUCAGUGUUUCUGUUUGCAUGUUUCUUCUGGAACUUUCCCUUUGCGCUACUGGCGUUCAGAGCAGCAUACCUGGCACUAAGACGAUACAAACAUGAUGACGAGCUCGGAGAAUCUCGAUACGAAUGGUGGGCCCACACAUGGACAUAUAUAGCUCUGUUAACCCUGCCCUGUUACUUGUAUUUUGCAUUGUUUGUCCGUUUACUAAUUAAUUCAUAAAUUUGGUUUUGGCUUGAACUUUUAACGUCCUGUGGUGUGAUAAAAGAUGGAGGGGCGGGGGAGCUAUAUAUUGGGUUUUUCUACCUUUUUUAGUAGUCCGACUCUGCUGUCUGAAUUUUUAUGGUUCCGCCGAAGUGUAGGUCAGUGAUGCAAUCCGACGCUAGUCCGUGGAGAUCUUUAAAUGCGUAAGAAGCAACUUGCAUUGACUCGUGAAUUUUACUGGGAACCAUUGAAGACCAAAUAGAAUAGAGGUGAAAUGGGUUGCCAUCGUCCUUGGAAUAAGUCGAGCAGAAUGACUUGUAAAUUCCAAGGAGAAUGCUCCAGGUGAAAUGAUAAGCCUACUUGAAUUAUCUUCUUCAAACAUCAUCAUACAUCAGUGGAAGGCAUGUCCAUACAGAAUAGCGGGGUUUUUUUUCGCGGGUUGCUAAAUUUGACUUAUUUUAGCGAUUAGAUAGCUUUCCGCCAAAAUUUCACUCGCCAAAUAUGCACCCCAUGGCGACUUCAAAAUUUGCAAGAGAAAUAACUUUUCCCUGUUCCCUAAAAGUUAUUCCGCUAAAUUUUUAGCAUACCUUGGAGCCAGCAAAUCGCUAAAAAAAAAAAAAACCAAAAAAAAAAAAAAAAAAAAAAAAAACCCCGCUACACGGUAUUUUGAUUGUUUCUUUUUUCACAUGAAGGGACAUGCAGGUUUAUUUUGAAAGUUAAAGACAAAAGCUAUUUCACGUCACAUUUGUUCCCUGGGCACUUUGGAUUGUACAUGUAAUAUUACAACUUUAUUAAGUAAUUCGUAUAGCGCCGGCUUUUGGAGUGAAUUUUUUUCUUUUGAACCAUGCAACAUUUCCACGUGAGGAACGCCCUCGUAAAAGUUGAUAGGGAAAUAUAUUGACAAAUUUUCUCUUUACAUUUCUUUGAUGAAUGCUGUUCAGGAUCCUGAGGGUAGAAAAAGAAUCACAAAUCCGUAUGUACACUUCGACUCGCAAACCAAACAUGUAAAUCUAAGAUGAACUUCAUGUUUCACAAACGGGCUUUGUUUAUUCAUAUCAUCAUCAUGUACUACUUUAUAUUUUCUUUGAAACAAUUAAUGUAUACUUUUAGUACACAAUACUUUAACUUAUACACAUCUUUCAAUUUACUACAUGCGAAUUAUUUUAAAAACAAGACGGACAACAUUCACUUCUGCACACAUAUCACAUAAUUCUACCCCGCUCGUGCCAUGGCCGCGUCAAACCUAAGACGUAACACAAGUAGGGAUGGCUCCUUCGUCAAACGCUUGGCAUUUGCAGGUCUUUUGGAUAUGACCUUAAAAACUGAACAAUAGGACCUCAAGGUCCCGCAUCGUGGAAGAGGUUGGCACGUUAAAUAACCCUCACUGGUACAGUCGUAAGCGUUAAGCAAGCUGCAGGUCUAAAAUGGUACUUCACCUGCCAGUGGUAACGUCUCAAUAUGAGCGAAAAUCGGACUAGGGUAUUUACUUGUGUUUUUUGUUUGUUUUCUUUUUGUUAGCUCUCUGGGAAGAAUUGGGAGAGACUAAAGUGCUACUGAUCCUCAAGUCAUAAAACUCCAUUUACAAUACAUCUGUAUCUUUCUGGUCUAUCUCAAAUUAUGCAUAAAGUAACAGCUCUGCAGUUACAUAAUGUAUACAUUCAAUGUAUACUACGCCGAUGUUUUUAAAGCUCAACAAAUACUAGCCUUCAUGUACAAUUUUAUAUGAGUUUUGUUUGAAAAUAAUUAUUAUUCUUCUCUCAGUUUUAUUUGGGAUGAGGUUAAAGUUCAAUACCAAUGCACAGGAGCACAGAACACAGUGCAAAACAUUUACAUGUAGUAUACGUUGUUUACUUUUUGACAUGAGCUAGUAGUUUGUAACCCUUGCAAGCUAUAUAAAGCAAAAUAACUUUGUCCAUUUAAUAAAAUUUAUCUUUUUCACUGUUGUUCUAUUUCUACAAAUGAUCCACGGAGUGAAAACUUAACCCAAGCUGUUUCUUUGCAUUGUAACAUAUUUUACUUGUGAUAAAUUUCAAAAAUCAG